CAUAACUUUCAGUAAAAGAGCUACAACAAGAUAUGAAGUUAUACAGUGUCUUUCAGGAUUCACCACGAAGAUUUGCCUUCAAUAAUAAAGCCCCUGUAAUUACGGACGGGCCAAGAAGUAAGAUGGUAAUGUCUGGAGAUAAUGUCAAUUUCACGUGUCUAACCAGUGGUGAUCCUAAACCGACCGUUACAUGGCAUCGGAAGGUGGUGCACCGCAGUCAUGGUAACUACCAAGUUAUCGAUAGUGGCGUCCUCUUGCUCAAUAAAGUGGAACUAUUUGACGAAGGGGAAUACUUCUGCUCAGCGAAAAACAUCAACGGAGUUCAAAGAUCGAAAGCAGCCAUUUUAACAGUUGAUGUGGCUCCAUCUAUCCAAGUGACGAGAACCGUUUACAACGUUACCUGGGGUUCAGAAGUCGAAUUAUCUUGCUCAGCUUAUGGUGCUCCACCCCCUAGAAUGUAUUGGUUGAAGGAUGAAAAGCAGUUGCCUCAGUCGAGAAAGGAAUUGUUUCACUCUGUCCUGUCUUUCACUGCUACUCAGUCUGUCAAGUACACCUGCCAAGCCGUGACUCAUCUCCGAAGCUCCAACAGCAUCCUUAAAGACUCCAAAGACUUUUAUGUUUAUGUUUUUCCCACUUUGAUUUCAGCAAGUAAAAAAGAAGGAAAUUAUACUGAUUUAGGUGAAGAGACUGAUGAAGUACGCAUGGAGGAAGAAAGGAUGUUUGACGACGAACGUCUUCCCGAAGCUAAACAUAACGUUACAGUACCCUCUGUUUCCAACGGAACAUGCCUCCCUUAUUCGGGGGUCAUCUGUGCUGCUGAGCUUAGAGGGGCAGGUUUAGUUUUCUACAAUUAUAGUAACUCCCCCGUGCAUGUCAACGAGAAGAUCACUGAGGCUCUCUGGAUAGAGCUAAUCACUCCCCUUCCAGAACCGUGCCGAAGUGCGGCUCGAAGGCUUCUGUGUUACUACGCGUUUCCACAGUGUGAAGGAGAAAGUAGUUCCAUCCAAGCAAAGCCGCUCUGCAGGUAGAAAAAG